GCCUGCAAGCAUGCUGCACUCAACCCCACCCAUAUAGGCUGCUGCCUGUAUUCAGUGCCUGGCAGGCUACAGACUGUGGCACAACACAGUCGAUCGUGAGCACCAGCUAAUUUGCAGAAACGGAAGAGAUUCUUUGGCAGAUUCCCCCCACUCCAUGCAAGCUAAUGUGAGUGUGCAGGAGGAGGGAGGCACUAAGACCUGGCAGGCAUGGGAAAGGCUUGAGAGAGAAAUCCCUUCAGUGCUGGCGCAGAGAAGAGAGGAUCGAAGUCAGUCACCUGCUGGUGAAGGAUAGAAAAGCAGCAGAGGGAACCAGAAGAGAAAGCUCAUCCUGCUCAUACAGCUGCACUUCUAGCUUCAGCUUCUCCCAACUCUAACAUAACCUUCAAAGGAACCCCCUUCCCCCGAGACUCCUCAGUUCUGUUGCUGGAAACGACACCACGCCAGUCGCAGGCAGCACUUGGUAAGCACUGCCGGUGGAAUAGGUCAGCACUGUUUUAUGCAUUCAGGAUGCAAUUUAAGUAGUAAAGGAUCAAGAAUCAUUUCUUAUCCAGUGCCUAUUUUCUAGUUUGUGAACAUAUGUCUGAAUUUGCCGCAUGCUGCUGUCCAGGGAAGCAGAGCUUUUUCUUUAGGAUGCAGCGAUUUGCCUGUUUGUAGCUUCUUGCAGAAAGGAUACAUAGAGUGAGAGCCUCCAGCCUAUUGCUACUCCGGGUUAAACAAAAGAGGGAUCUGGGUGAAAUGGAUCACCUGUAGAUUAUUGACCAUUACUGGAGCAUUUUAAGUGAUUUUAUUGGCAUUUAUAUAAUGUUAUACUCCCGACCCAUGUCGAAUAAUGAGCCUGGAAGGGACUGCUGGGAUCUGACAACUCUCUGAGAACCAGGCAUCUACAAACUGCCAACUUCCCCAUCACUUCCUCCACUUUCUUCAGGGUGGGCACUGAGAACAUCAAGGAUGGAUUGUAAAGAAGAAUUUGUAAAUCUCACAGAGACCUACUAGACAGGAAAAAGGAGUUUGGGCGACAAACACAGAUGUCCUCAAUGGUCUGAGGGCACCACAAAGAGCCAUCUGCGCACCAUGACAAGAAACAAGUAAAGAUGAAAAUUGGGAAUGAAAAGAGUUGUAUCCUGAUUGGACCAACUCCAUAAGAAAGAAUGCAGUGGCUUUGUUUCACAAAAUGACACGCGAACAGUACAUAUUGGCCACACAACAAAAUAAUCUUCGAACUGAAAAUGCUCAAUUUUAUCCAGUGGGGAUUUACGGAUGGCGAAAGAGGUGCUUGUACUUCUUUGUCCUCCUGCUGUUGGUUACUAUGAUUGUUAACUUAGCCAUGACGAUAUGGAUUUUGAAGGUUAUGAAUUUCACAGUGGAUGGCAUGGGAAAUUUAAGAAUAACCAAAAAAGGAGUACGACUAGAAGGUAUAUCUGAAUUUCUUCUCCCGUUGUAUGUGAAGGAAAUCCACUCUCGGAAGGACAGCCCAGUGGUAUUCCAGUCGGACAGAAAUAUUACAGUGAAUGCAAGAAAUGAGAAUGGGCAGUUAACAGGUCAAAUGACAGUAGGGGCAGACUUUGUGGAAGCCCAGUGCAAAAGAUUUGAAGUUAAGUCACACGAAGACGAGAAGAUUUUGUUUAUGGCAGAUGAGGAGGAAAUUGUUAUAGGAGCUGACCGGCUCAGAGUUACAGGGACAGAAGGAUCCAUUUUUGAGCACUCUGUGGAAACACCACACAUAAGAGCGGGACCCUCCCAAGACCUUAGACUUGAAUCUCCAACAAGAUCUUUAACAAUGGAAGCACCAAAGGGAGUACACAUUAGUGCGGUUGCAGGGGAAUUUAAGGCCAGCUGUAGAAAAGAAUUGCACUUACAGUCCACAGAUGGGGAGAUAUUUUUAAAUGCAGACAAUAUCAGACUUGGAAAUCUACCACAUGGUUCAUAUUCAUCAUCGACACCUAAUUCAGUAGGGCCUCGGCAAACUGUCUAUGAACUGUGCAUAUGUCCGAAUGGGAAACUGUAUCUUUCUCCAUCUGGAGCUAGCUCCACGUGUCAAUUAAAUAGCAAUAUUUGCCUGUGGAGCUGAAGGAACUACAUGUUUCCUCAUACCAGAAUAGCCUUUUGCUACUGACUCUCUGAUUACCAGUUUGCUUGGUUUCCCUUGUGAUAUGGCAGAAGCCAAUGAUGGUCUACAGGGCCUCUUCCAACCUGCUUUCAGUUGUGGAUUUACAAGAAACCAGCACUGAGGUGGAUACAAAGAUUCAAAGCAUUGCAUCAGUUCAGCGUUCAGUGGAAAACCUGGAUGAAAAUGUCCAUUUUUUGCUGGUGUAUUACACAGGUGCCUUUGCUAAAGGAAGGGAAGCACAGAGAUCUAAAUAUUGCAGAAACCUAUAACAAAGAAAACGUUCAGUAUCUAUAUAGAACACAAUCAACUUCACUGGAAAAUCACUUUGGGGAAAAAAACAAUAAAAUAACUAUGUAAAAAAAAGUUUUAAAGCACAAUUUUCCAUUCAGUAUUUUUUCCAUUCAGUAUUUUGGGUGUAUACUUUUAUCCCUUGAUGAAAAUAAAAAGAGAAAAAAAAACCCAUAAUAAUAAAUAAAAUACAGUAAGUAUUGUGUGAUAUUGCCUUUACUAAACAAUUAAAUCCAAGAAAUGUUUUUAAAAA